AUGGCGCCGUCGAACGACUCAUCGAUAGUAAAUCGUUUUCCAUCGAUUGAUCUCUCUAUUAGACCUUCCCUGCAUCAAAUACUCGAGCAACCCGAGCAGUUCUUUCACAUCAGUCAGCAGUCGGCCAAGAUGAGCGUUGAUCACAAUCGACGCACACGUCUUUCAAAUGAGCUGAAACGGCGAGCAGAUAUUGAGCGCUAUCGUGAAAGUGUUGUGAAACCAGCUAGUUUGCGUCAGGAACUCGUCGAUGUUGAACAGGUGACUCUUACGAUGGAGGUGACUUAUAGUGAUUAUGAAGAGAUGUUCACUAAAAGGACACUCAGCAAUACUGAAGAGAGUUGUGCGAAUAUAAUGCUAGAUACAAACACUAUAAUACAAUUUCCUGAUCGCGAUGAACCUAACCCCGAUUUCAUUCACCAGGUAACCAUCACUGGACAUCUGACAGGCGUCGAAGAAGCACGAAUUCGAUUGCGGAAAUUUUGCCCUCUUGUAUUGAUGUUUGCUGUGUCUGAGAGGCUACGUGAAGGUGUACCCUACAAAAAGCUCAAUUGUUGGAUAAAAGAAAAAAUAGAAGAUGGUUCUCUUAAUUUUCCUACCCUUGUGAUACAAGCGCUUCCACAACCUGUAUCGACAUCGUUCAAGAUUUCUUUUUCGACACAUAUGGAAGUUCCAGCUGCUCAACGAUCUCAGCUUGUGGGGACACCGGAUGGAGCACAACUGGGUCUUCUUCCUAUGCAGUUGUGCUUCCACGCCGGCAAUGAAGAUCUUCGAGCUCAGAUCAAAGAAGAUCAUUUUAUUUCACUAAGAACUAGUGAAUACAAUGUGGGUGCGCUUUAUGCUGUGAUGCGUCGAAUACUCAAACGCGGAGACAAAAUACCCAUGGUCACGCCUACAGACUACGCCGAAAUGCUACCACUUGUUCCUGAUCUCAUUAAACAUGCAUGUGAAGUGAACGUAAAGUGUCGAUUGGAACCACGUAUUUUGGAUCUUCCGUCGUUAUCGCACGUGGUCCCUCCUACUCCCACCUCACUAUCUUCUAAUCUGCUGUCGGCAAACUUUAUCGACCAGUCGGGUGUUUCUCAGAAUGUGAUUGAACCGUCCGAAGGAGCUAUUCUUCCUCGAAGAAAACCUUCUCCUAUAACCUACAACCGGCACAACUGCUUGGAUACGUCACUGGAUGCAAAUUCUUCAGCGCAAUCAAAUAAGACCGAUAAUGGGUCAUCUUCACGUGUUGCCGGUGCCAACCGAAGCAGGAAUACUUCACCUCAAAAUAUUUACCCUAGCAAAUUCAGUUUACGAUACAACGACAAGGAAAAUAAUGCUAGAGGGGCGUUCAGUAACUUCGGACGUAUGAAGAAUUACAAUGUCGAGCAUCGGAACAACUCAUUCCGAUCGUUCCGCUUUGGUGCGGCCAACACUUCACAUUCAAAGCAUCAUCUUGCACUGCGUAACAGAGAAGCAGAUGUUGACAAAGCUGUUGAAAGUCGGCUCCACCGCAACAACUCAAGCCCGCAAAUAGAAAGCUGUUCUCGUGCCGGAGGUGAUGAGAUUUACCAACGUCGGCGCAAUAAUCAUCUCCAGAAUGGCUCUGAGCGUGUACAUCAUGGCAUUUAUGAACGUCGUACCGGUGCAGAAUGGCGAAGUAGUCAGUCGAAGCCUACAGAAUCACCAGUCAUUUUUACACAUACGGCGAAAACUGUGCUGAACCAGCGUCCACGAAAUGAGAAAAUUGAACUCCAACGACGUGACAAGGAAAACCAGACUGCAGAAGAUCAGGAAACAAAUGUUCGUCGCCAGUCGAAUAAACGGAUGGACGUCAUGGACCUCAUCAAGCUCGCGUCGGCCGAAGACAACGACCGACGAUUGUCAUCAGUUGAAGAGAACAACAGUGUACUCGAUUCUGGUGAUGCUACUGGUUCUAACUCAGUCAUUGAUUGCAACAAUUCAGAUACAGCUGACAUCACCCCAUUACGUUGCCGGCUGCAAGAUAAGAAUUAG